CCACUCGAGGGGCGGGUGCGCAUGCGCAGUGGGCGUAGCGCCUGGGCAUCCCGGGGGCGAGCGGGGUUUGCCGACAGAGGGCGUUGCUGCGCGGCUUGGACCAGGUGCAGUUCAGAAAUGGGCAGCAGCAGCAGCCGCAGACCUUGUCCUGUAGACGGGAACGGGGGAAGGAGCCCAGGCGUGGCAACACAUUCCCAGGCCCCUGCAGGACCACCAUGGCUUAUGAUGACUCCAAGAAAAAAGAAGACUGCUUAGAGAGCGACCGAAUUGAUGGCGUGGGACUUGUAGCUGGCAGAACCCAGCGAGAAAAGAAACGUUCCUACAAAGACCUGCUUCGAGAAGAGGAGGAGAUAGCUGCUCAGGUCAGGAAGAAUUCACAGAAGAGGCUGAAGGAAAGUGACAUUUUCUUGCUGGGGACAGACGCUUAUAAGAAGAAGAGGAAGCACUCCAAUGAGUACUAUUACAGAGAACUUUCUUCGUUUGAGUUAUCCCUGCCUUUGGAAUCGUCUGCAAAGAAGAGGAAAAAAGUAGUGACAACCCCACCCUCUGCUGACACUGCUAUGGAUCUGCUUAAGGCCAUCACCUCGCCUUUGGCCACAGGCUCCAAGUCCUCGAAGAAGACAUCUGAAAAGUCAUCUCAUUCUUCACUCUCUGCCUCUGGCCAUUCAGAAGGCAAGAAGGAACACCACAAGAAAAAGCUGAGUGGCAGUAGCAGUGACCUGUCCUUGGAUGAAAGUACUUUCCACAAGUCCAAAAAGGUGAAGCCCCCCUUUGUGAACAAUGAAACGUUGACCUUGCGUGAACCUGAUGGCUUAAAGAUGAAACUCAUCCUCUCACCUAAGGAGAAGGGGGGAAGCACAACAGAGGAGCCCUUUCCACAUCCGUCAGCCACAAAGAAAUCCUCUAAGAAGUCAGCUCGGGAUGAACAGGGAUCGUUUCUCCCAAGUCAUGAUUCACAUGGCUUUUUGAAAUCAUCCCGAAAGAAGCACAAACCACUGGAGAAGGAUCCACAUCCCUCUCCAGCUGCUGAGAGCUUUAGCCCAGACACACCCCUCUUCCCCGAAGGCCAAAGCAGUGAAUUUGAGCUUUCAGGCCUGGAACCACAAGCGGAAUCAGGUUCGUCCUCUGGAGGUGAACUGGAAGCUGGAGAGCUAGUAAUUGAUGAUUCGUACCGGGAGAUAAAGAAGAAGAAGAAAUCAAAGAAGAGCAAGAAGAAGAAGGACAAGGAGAAGCACAAGGAAAAGAAGCAUUCCAAAUCCAAAAAGAGUUCUGGGCUUUCUGGGCUUUCCUCUUCACUGGCAGUAGCAGAAGUAACAGCACCACUCCCAGUCUCUCCAACCAGUGCGCAGUUUGCCGUUCCUGCCCCUCCUCCUCCACCGCCACCUGUUUUCCAUACAGAUGGCCAGAGUGAAAAGAAGAAGAAGAAAGAAGAAAAGGAGAAGGUUGAAAAAUUGGACAAAGAAAAGCCAAAGAAGAAGAACAUGUCUGCCUACCAAGUAUUCUGUAAAGAGUAUCGUGUGAACAUUGUGGCUGAGCAUCCAGGAAUAGAUUUUGGUGAUCUGAGCAAAAAGCUGGCAGAAGUUUGGAAGCAGCUUCCGGAGAAAGAUAAGCUGGUUUGGAAGCAGAAGGCGCAGUAUUUGCAACACAAGCAGAAUAAAGCAGAGGCUACAACAGUGAAGAGGAAAGCAACCUCCUCAGAGGGUGCACCAAAACUGAAAGCUUCUCUAACAGGGGCACUUUCACCCCAUAAGAAGUCUCCAUCUAGCACUGUAGUGCUCUCUGCAUCACCUGUCAAAGUUCCUGAAACGGAUCCCAUAGAUGUUGCUGCACAUCUGCAAUUGCUGGGUGAAUCUCUAAGUCUUAUUGGCCACAGGCUACAGGAGACAGAGGGUAUGGUAGCUGUAUCAGGAAGUUUAUCAGUGCUCCUGGAUUCAAUCAUUUGUGCUCUAGGCCCUUUGGCAUGCCUGACGUCCCAGCUCCCUGAACUAAACGGCUGCCCCAAACAUGUUUUGUCAAACACAUUGGACAACAUUGCAUACAUCAUGCCUGGACUCUGACAGGAAAAGGAUAAUGGGAAGUGAACAACAUGCUGCCAAGUAACAGAAGUGUGUACAGAUACACUAUCCUGGUAUUCUUCCAGAGGACAAUGUAUAGGGCUUUGAGGUUUUUCUGUCUGUAACAUAUCAAAUAGAAUUGUAACUAUUUUGCUUGAUUUUACGAAAAGUUUCAACCGUAAUUUGUGGGAAUCGGUUUUUAUCUCAGAUUGGAUGUCUCUACAAUUAGAGGUGGGAAAUAUUUUGAUAGAUUAGCCUUAAUAUGGUUGGGGUUUUUUAACGAAUUGGUUUUACUUGGAAAAGUCGAGCAAGUUUAAUUGAAGAGUUGGCUUGCAUGUUGUUAAAAAUAAUGCUGGGAAAGAAAGUUGAGGGGAAUAGUGUUUUGCUGAGGGCUUGUGCUGGCACCAGGAAUCCUCAUUAAAUCUUCCAGUUGUAGGUAGGUUGCUAAAUACAGAUUCAGCAGGUGUGGUGAGUGAAUUCUCAAAUUCUUAGGAGAAACAAGGGCUUCUUAAGAUGGAUAAGUAGUAAAUCCUAGUGAAAGCCUGCAUCACUUCUUCACAGGUUGUAGCUAAUCAAUGGAUUAUGGUAUUUUAGCACUGUGCUGGGAUAUUCUAAAGAGGAGGAUCCACAAGGCCCAACUCCUCCUGAUUUUAGCUAAUUUAUCUUCCCCUCUGCUAUCUCUCUACCCCCACUCCCAGUACCCUUCAAAAACUAGUACCUAAGGUAACACCAUAAAAGAUUGAGGGCCGGGGCUCCUCCAGCUCCCUUACAGUUCACAUACUGAUUUAUAAUUGCUUAUCACCAGCAGUGAACUGACAUGGUCCUCCUCUCAUGGUGCUGAAAUGUGUGUUGUAGAGAGGCAGUGGUUUAAGCUGAAAUUUAAGGGCUUUUAGCUGAGAGGAAGAGAAUGAGAGGGCAGCUCCUUUAUCCCAGCCACAGGAUUUAGCGCUUCGAGUGCCUGUUGCUCUUUGAGGAAGCACUUCUCUCACACCUAGGAUGAAGUGUGGCAUUUUUAACGUGUGUAUUUACAUUUUCAUAUACUGCAUCUGUAGUAGAUUAAUUUAUAUUGUAUAUUUCUGUAUAUAGCUUAUAAUGAAAGCAAAAAUCCCCUCCACCAACCAUGUAUGGAAAUCGAGAACUACGUGUUUUUACCUGGAUACCCUGCCAAAAUUGCAUUUUGUCUGCCUUUUUCAGGCAUAGGCUGGCAAUGAAGGAAAUAGUAGCGGUGGGAUUUGGAUGUUGGAUGGAGACAAAAAUUAAAAACUUUAUAUUCUGCCCCAAGUUCCCUUGCCACUUGUUAUUUAGAAAACUUAAAAGUGGAAGACAGUUGGAUAAUUCUGGUUCCAGGACUAGCAAAUUAAAUAAAUAAAUUACAUGCUCUUUCUUCAGACCCCUAGGGUCUUCCUGGCAGUUUAAAAGCCUCUACUGUACCCACAUUCCGCCCGGCUGGCUCAAGCCCAACAGGGAAUUGAAUAUGGCAAUAGAACCACCUUUGCAUUCCAUGUGCUCCACCCACUUUAGGAUCACAGUCUCAGUGUAUGAAAACUAUUUCUGCCCACUUUUUCCAAACUUCUUGGCAACGUUUUAAUAAAAAAAGUUCUCACUUUCUUCACAAGUUUUCCCUAGUUAACCCCAAGGGGGACAGGCUAGCUGUAUUAGGUGCUAUUCCGUAAACAAACCCAUGUGCUGGGAGCUAACGUCUUGAUUUUUACAGAGCCUUUUGUGUCUCAAGUAACAUU